AUGAACGCGUUCAUGAGAAGGUUUCUCAGGUUUUUGGUGUCUCUGCUCGCGAUCAUCGUACUACCCAUCACAUACCUUGUAAAUAUCAGAAGGAACAAAAAAUGUCCACCACCAGCAAAUCCUAUACUAUUCAAAUCAGCCACAGAAUUGACAGCAAUGAUUAGAAAUAGACAGAUCACAUCAGAACAAGUAGUAGAAGCUUAUAUUGAGAGAUGUAAGGAAGCUAACCCGUAUUUGAAUGCCAUAGUCGAGCCACGCUAUGAUGCCGCUCUGAGGGAAGCCCGAGGAAUAGACAAAAUGAUUGCAUCCACAAGCAAAACGCCCGAAGAGUUGGUUAAAGAGUUCCCAUUGUUGGGAAUACCCAUAACUGUAAAAGAGAGUAUUGCUGUAGAAGGUAUGAGCAAUGACUGCGGCACAGUUUACCCUUAUAGGAAACCAGCAUCCAAAGACGCUGCAGUUAUAAGAGAAGCUAGAGCAGCUGGUGCCAUUCCCAUAGCAGUGACAAGCACACCACAACUGUGUAUGAAUUGGGAGACGUAUAAUAACGUAGUGGGUAUUACAAUGAAUCCGUACGACCAGAAGAGGACUACUGGUGGCUCAUCAGGCGGAGAAUCGGCGUUGAUAUCAGCAGCUGCAUCCGUCGUCGGUAUUGGCUCCGACAUUGCCGGAUCACUCCGGUUGCCUCCUAUGUUUACUGGGAUCUUCGGACAUAAACCUACACCUAGACUCCUUUCAGUCGAAGGUCAUGUUCCAGAUAGUUUAGAUCCUGAUUUUGAAGAAUACUUUACACUUGGACCAAUUACACGCUACGCAGAAGAUCUCACAUUAAUGUUGAAGGUUUUGAAGCAGCCUGGCUCGCCUGACUUACCACUGGACAAGCCAGUUGAUGUAAGAAAACUGAAAUUUUACUAUAUGGAAGGGGACGGUAGCAAUGUAUCAAAUGCCAUUGGUCCUGAUGUCAGGAGUGCAAUGGAAAAGGCCAAAGAUUACCUAAAGAAGACACAUAAUAUUGAAGUUAAACCACUAAAAAUUAAACACAUAGAACAUAUGUGGGAAAUCAGUAUUAGAAUUCUAUUGAGCAUCAAACAUAUUAGAAACAUCUACACGAAUCCAGAGAAACGAGAAGAAUGGGUAUCAGUAUGGCCCGAAGUACUGAAGUCACUUGUGGGCAUGUCCAAUCACAACUUUCUUUGCGUAUGUUACGGGCCGCUAACAAAGUUCUUCGAUGCACUACCGAAGAGUUAUUACAAGAAGCUUCUGUCUAUUUAUGAUGAAAUCAAAGCUGAAUUUGAGAAAUUGUUAUCAGGUGACGCAGUAUUACUUCAUCCAACAUUUCCGACGCCAGCUCACCUUCACUAUAGGAUCUACUAUAAAUUCCUCAACUGCGGAUAUUUAACGAUAUUUAGCGCUUUAGGACUUCCCGUAACACAAUGCCCCAUCGGAUUUUCAAGAGAUGGCCUACCUGUAGGCUUACAAAUUGCUGCCAAUAAAUGCAAUGACCACUUAACAAUUGCCGUUGCCAAAGAAUUCGAGAAAGCAUUCGGAGGAUGGGUACCACCGAAUAAGGAACUUUUAAAUAAUGUAAAGACUGCAUAG